UCCCCAACCCUUAACUCUGGACCAUAUAUUUAGUGUAUAAGUGUGACACAAACGCGUAGUUGUAAAGAAGUAAGAUGGGAGACAUUUCAGAGAGCAGCUGUUCUUCAAUGGUGUUGUGUUGCAUUGGUUUCCUUACAGUUGUAUAUUUCCUGCUGAGGUGGUCUUGGCUGUGUUGGCACGGAUUCAAGGCGUACAUGAUCUCUGAGAUCUGGCAAACGGACUUGAGGACAUAUGGCCAGUGGGCUGUUGUAACUGGAGCGACAUCAGGGAUUGGUCGAGCAUAUGCUGAAGAGCUUGCCAAACGAGGAUUAAACAUUGUUCUGAUCAGUCGCUCAGAAGAAAAGCUUCGUAGCGUUGCCAAAGAAAUAGAGUCUCAGUACAAUCGACAGACACAUGUGAUUCAGACAGACUUUACAGAUGGCCAUUCCAUCUACCCAGUUAUCGCACAACAGCUAGUGGGGCUGGAGAUCGGAAUUCUGGUAAACAAUGUAGGUAUGAACUAUAUUGGGGUUCUGGCAAAUUUUCUGGAUGUUCCUAAUCCAGACCAGAGAAUCACACAGGUGAUAAACUGCAACAUGCUGUCUGUCACUCAGAUGUGCAGACUCAUUUUGCCAGGCAUGGUUGAAAGGGGAAAAGGCCUCAUUAUAAACAUAUCAUCAGAGGCUGCCUCUCAGCCUCAGCCAAUGGUGUCGGUGUAUUCUGCCACUAAGAUAUUUGUUACAUAUUUCUCUCGCAGUCUGCAUGCAGAAUACAGGUCAAGAGGAAUCACGGUUCAAUGUGUAGCCCCGUUUAUAGUCUCCACAAAUAUGACUCAUAACGUGCCGGUGAAUCCACUGGUAAAAAGUGCUGCUUCUUUUGCUAGAGAUGCUCUGAACACUGUAGGUUACACAACGUACACAAGUGGAUGUUUAACUCAUGCACUGCAGCACAUUGCUCUGUCCAUUUUUUUCCCGGGCUGGCUGCGUCUCACGUCCUUUUGUGUAAAACUCAUGGCAAAAUUCGCUCGUAAGAUUGAACCGAAAUUAAAGGAGAGGAUGGCACAGACAAACAACAAACAGGACUGACAAACCUGUGGACCACAGAGAUAACACACAACACACAAACAUAUGCCUAAUGAUAUUAAUAACUAUAAACAAACUGUUUCUACUGCAGUGACAGGUAAUCAGAUGCAGUGUAACAACAGUGACAAAUACACCCGCGUAUACUUUUUCUGUUAAGUUGGAACUUGGCAGGUCUAAGGUCUAUGUACAGUUAAUUCCAAUGUUUGUUUGUAUAGGAAACUGAAUCAGCAGUAUCAAACUGUGGGCCCUUUUUACAGAGUUCAAUGGCAUUUACACUUAGCUGGGUAAUAAAAAAAAAAAAAAAAAAAAAAAAAAAAAAAAAAAGGUCACUUACUGGUAGGCUUACUACGGCUGUCAUUAUUUGAUAAAAAAUACAGUAAAACAGUAAGAUUGUGAAAUAUUACAAUUUAUUAUAACUUUUCUAUUUGAAAAAAUGUUUUAAAUGUAAUUUAAAUGUUUUAAAUUCUUCAAAGCUGAAUUUUUACACCUUUAAACACAUUUACUGUGAGCUACAAGGUUGUAUAGGUUGUAAAUAAUCAUGUUUAACAGCAGAAUUCCAGGUGAAAAACUACAUUAGCCAUAAUGCUGUACAGAAAAUAACACCAAAGACGAACAAAGCAAAACGCUCCAAAUUAGCUCUCAAGCUCCGCCCACUUCCAUGAAGCACUGCAAUCUCUAUAUGCUCUCAAAAUACAAAAAUUUGUGUACAUAUGCAUAUUUUGCAAUAAAUGUAAAAUUUAUAUUUCUUCAUUUUUAAUUCCAUUACGCAGUUUGCAAUGCUUCAUGGGAUUGUAGUUCUUUCCCCUCACUAAAACCGUUGAGUACAGUCUUGUACCUUUUGUCUUUUUUUUUGAUUCUCAAAAACUUUUUUUUUUUUUGCUUCAAAUCAAAAUAUGCAGAUUCACCUCAUAGCUGAUUGGCUUUGUUCUUGGCUUAUGACUAUUUUAAAAUUUUAAAGUGUAAAACUUUUUUUCUAUAAUAGGCCUACUUCCUUGCUGCUGUUGUUUCUUUUUCUGUGUUCUAAAUUUUGAAAUAAGAAAAGAGCCAUUGGACAGGACUGGAACACAUUAACUACUUCAUAAUAGCUAGUUUAUACUGUAGUAGGCUAUUUAAAUACUUCAUGUAUUUAUUGCUUUUCCAUAAUGUGACAUGAACACACUCUAGGAUGGAAUAGAAUUAUAAUUUCAGCAUAAAGAAAGAGUCAAUGAGCGGAAAAGAUGACAAAUGUUUCUUUUAAUCAUUUAGUCUUCGGUUUACAAACACUACAUUCAGCCGCAUGAUUAAGCUAUUGCAUACACUGUACAGUGCUAAGAAGUUCUGGGUAAUUGUGCUACAUCCUAACUGAACUUCCUGUUGAGCUAAAAUUGUCAACCAAAGAUCAUGAUUGUAUACUGUGAUUGUAUGAAUGUAUUUUUGAAAGUAUAUUAAUGUUAAUGAUGUGCCUUAAUUUCUGAUUUCUAAAUAUUAUAUGUAAACUGGAUUGUGUAACGCAUUUUUUACAUACUCGAAGCACCAUAAAAACAUUUUUUAUAUAAUCAUGUUUACAGAAUGGAAUUACUUAUUUAGCAUAAGACCUCAAUUGUUGUACAGCUAUGAUAAAGGCCUGAUAUUCUUGGGCUUCUGCAUUGUUUUUUGUUAAUGAUAACAAACUAACACACGCGCAAAUAUGCAAAAUAUUCAAGUAUUAUUUAUAGCCAGUGUCCCUUUUCAGUUCCCAAAGACCAGCACAGACUCAACACAAACAUCAUCAUCAGCUCUGACCAAUCGGAAGCCAUUCACUCACCUCUCCCUUCAGCCAGUCAAAACAUUCAUAAGUGCAAAAAGCAUUUUAACUGUAAAAACGGCAAGAAACGCA